AUGCCGGCCGGCAAGCGUUCGUUACCAGUUCGAAGCUUGCAGCGACAGCGAAAGCAAAGCCAAAACAACAGUUCACACACACACACACACACACACUCGUACACAGAAGCAGAAAGCCAAAGCUUAACGUACAUCUGAUUGGAGCAAGGGAGACAGAAAGAUGAGUGAAUUAGCGAAAUUGCAGGAGCAACUGGGCCUGGGCCAACAGCAGCAGGGACAGCAGCAGCAACAGUCGGUGGAGCUGCUCGAAUGUGACAUCGAGUUCGACGAGGAGCAGCCGCAGUCCUCGCAGCAGGCAGGGGGCAUCGAGCAGCCCACCAGGGCCAACAAUCAACGGUCGGACGCGCUCUUCAUCGAGGCCAUCAAGAAGGUAUCGAAGGUGCAUUACAUGCUGGAGCAGGCCAUGGUCCUGCUGGCCGCGGAGGAGGCCUCCGAGGGCGCCAAGUCCCACUCGAAGAAGUCCAAGAAGCAGCACAAGAAGGACAAGAAGAAGGACAAGAAGAAGGACAAGAAGAAGGCCAAGAAGCAGGAGAAGAAGCGCAGGCAGUCCGCUGCGGCGGCCGUCGGUGAGCAGCCGGACGUGGAGCUCGACGAUGAGGAGCUGCCCUCCACCAGCCGUCGGCGCUCCGAUAGCAUCAGCUCGACGAGCUCCAGCUCCAGUUCCAGCUCAAGCUCCAGCUCCUCGAGCAGCUCCAGCUCCAGCUCAAGCUCGGAGGACGAGUCGCACUACUAUGCGUAUGGCUGGGGACGCAAGCACUGGGGUGGCGGAUGGCCCUAUGGCCACCAUGGACGCGAUCGUUCCCGAUCUCGCAGUCGUUCUCGUGGACGUCAUGGCCACGGUCAUGGAGGGCAUCGUCGUCACGACAACGGACAUGGACACGGCCACGGACAUGGACAUGGCCACGGACACGGCCACGGACAUCGUCGUCAUAGCCAUGGCGUCCAUCAUUUUGGGCCCCAUCACUUCGCACACCAACAUUUUGGACCCCAGCACCUUGGUCCUUAUGGCUUUGGGCCACGCGACUGGGCGGCCGCCUGUCCGGCCGGAUUCGAUCGCCGUGCCGCCUGGCUGGCACCUUGGACCGAGCAGAGCCGGUUUUUUCGGUCGGCGGGCCUGCCGUGGGCCCUGGAACACAGUGCGGCAAGAAGGAGGCGAUCGAUCUCUAGGCCACCAGGCCGUGGAGAUUGGAGACAUCAGCACGGUGAGCAUCAGCGACGUGGACACGGACACGGACACAGACAUGGCCACAAGGGUGGUUCACAUGACCGUCGAGUAGCUCGUUCGAGCUCCAGCUCCAGCUCUCGCUCGAGUUCCAGUUCGGAGAGCGAGCCGGAACUGAGCAAGGGAGGACGCGGACGCAAGGGUCGACGUCGCAGCAGCCAUCAUGGCAAACGCUCCUCCAGUUCUAGCUCCACCAGGCGUACGGACAACGAAAGGAAGCACAAGGAGAAGCAGGGUGGCGGCCGCAAGCAGAGUCGUGCAGAAGGGCAUCAUGGACCGCAUCACGGUCCUCAUCAUGGACCCCAUCACGGACCCCAUCACGGUCCUCAUCACGGUCCGCAUCACGGUCCGCAUCACGGUCCGCAUCACGGUCCGCAUCAUGGACCACAUCACGGUCGUCAUAGUUUCCCUCACGGACCUAAUUUUGGACUCCAUCUUGGCCCCGAUUUCGCCUGGCAUUUUCAUGGACGCUAUGGAGGCCAUCCGGCUGUCGGCCUGGAAGGAGCACCCACCUAUGGCCCUCCAACGGCUCCCAGCUAUGGGCCACCGCCUGACUGGCAUGGCCGCAGAUGCAGUCAAUUCCGUUCGCGUUCGCGUUCUCGCUGUCACAAAAAGAAGGAAGAACGAAAGGGUUCUCGCUCCCACUCUCGCUCUCGCUCACGAUCGCGCUCAGGCGGGAUAAAGCACGGCAAGGACAUGGAAAAGAAACAUCAGGGACAUGGCAAGGGACACAUUUCAAAUCCUGUACACGGCCUCCAUCGUGGAUCCAUUCCAAAUCGUGGACACGGCAAUCAUCAUCGUGGAUCUGUGCCUCAUUUCGAGCAUCAUAGAAGCGCCCUUCAUCGCGGCUCCGUUCCCCUUCACGGUCCUGAGAGCCCUUGGGGCUGGGGUGCCUAAGCGACAGCGGUGACAGCGGCCCUCCCACAACAAAAAAAUAUCAAUUUAUCUUCAAUUUAACCAACCUCAAACAUAUUCAUUGAUGUUGUGCCCCACAAACUAUUAUUAUUAAACGCGUAUACCAAAAAAAAAUAUAUAUAUUAUAAUCCUUA